GUUCACACUGCAGGAAGACAGGAUGGACAGUAACCAGCAGUGUUUUCACACUGGUGCGUCCAGGCGGCGGAGGCUAAAAUACACACAACACAAAGAAAGGCUCGGUAUGUCGGAUGAAGAUUCCCGUGCCAGCACUAGCUCUUCAUCCUCUUCAUCUUCAACUCACCAACAACAACAACAACAACAUCAGCAGCAGCAGCAGCAGCAUCAGCAGGAAGCAACAUCUCCCCCAAAGAAACGAGAAAGCAAAGCCAGCAUGAGCAAAACGUCCAAACUGCUCACCACCAGUGCUAAAAGAAUUCAGAAGGAACUGGCCGACAUCACGCUGGACCCACCUCCAAACUGCAGCGCUGGUCCCAAAGGAGACAACAUCUACGAGUGGAGGUCGACCAUCUUAGGUCCUCCAGGCUCCGUGUACGAGGGAGGAGUGUUUUUCCUGGACAUCGCCUUCACACCAGAUUACCCCUUCAAACCACCCAAGGUGACGUUCCGCACGAGGAUCUACCACUGUAACAUCAACAGUCAGGGCGUGAUCUGUCUGGACAUCCUGAAGGACAACUGGAGUCCUGCCCUCACCAUCUCCAAGGUCCUGCUGUCCAUCUGCUCCCUGCUGACCGACUGCAACCCUGCGGACCCUCUGGUAGGAAGCAUCGCCACACAGUACACAACAAACAGACCUGAACACGACAGGAUAGCCAAACAGUGGACCAAACGCUACGCCACAUAAUCACAACAGCGACCCCUGGUGGGAUGUGGUGGAGAUAGAUGUGGAGGUGUGAACUCGGGGUGGGGGGGUGUGUUUUUUUUUGUUUUUUUUGUUUUUUUUAAUCUCAGAAUUGAAGUCUUAUCUCCUCUCUCUCUCUUUGUUACCUUUGGCCCAACUGUAAUCACACCUGAUGUGUUUUGAGUUUUUUUCCUUCUAUUGUUGUUUUUAAGCCUGAGCUUGAAGGAUCAACAUUAAAGUGAAAGUUCAGGUUUUGUUUUUGAAGUGCGAUUGUAUGAGGUACAGACAGUCAGUGCUGACCGUGAGUGCACACGACUCAUCCUUAGAUGGCAUUUUCUGACAUUUUUACUCUGCCACACCAAAGUCCAUAGAGGAAACCAGUGUUUUUAGCCCAUGCAGGCACAGGGGCUGCUGGUCCACUGCUGCCUCGUGUGGUCAGUUUGUGUCACUGUAGUAAAUCAGAAGAAAGGAUUUCAAACACCAGAGUCACAAAAUAAUACAUUUGAACUCACUGAUGGAGGCAGCAGUGGAUCAAAAGCUCCUGUGUCCCUGUGACGUUAAAAUCACUGGUUUUCUCUAUGGGGUUUGGUGUGGGACAGUGUGUGGUUUACAAAUUGACAGCACCUCAUACAAACACACUUCAAAGAAACAACCUGAACUAACCCUUUAAUACUUGAGCGCUUGAUGAAAUGUGUCGCAACAUGAUUCCGAACCCCGUCACUGUAAACACUCACUCCCCCUGCUGUCUGAACGGGUGCGUUACACGUGUUCAGAUGAUGACCGGAUGUUUGGAUGUCAGUUGUGGUUUGUGUCGUCGUGUUCCCGAUGAACGGCUGUUUAUUUUCACCCUGUAAACAUGUGAACAACACGACCGAGUUCGGUUUGAUCAUUUCACCCCCCCGCCAAAAUAAAACUCUGAGAUGGUUUAAUAUGAAGAGGCUGUAUUUUAUUCAGAGCGUCAUUUAAAAACAGCACAGAACCGUUUAGUGUUAGCACGAAAACGUUGUCUCACUACAACCUCUGCUCUAUCAGCAGCACGUCACAUUAUUAUUCUUAUUCUUAAACAUGUAAAACACAGGAGACAGCGUAGCUCAUUCAUUACAUCAUUCAAGGAAUGUGGCUCAUUAAAGUGACAAAAAUAAAUUAGUUAAAAAAUAAAUAUUUAUUCUCGACACUGAUUCCUACUAUUUAAAAAGGCACAAACAUACACACACACACACAGUAGCAGCCCUACGGGAUUCUACAGGCCGGACACACAGGAGUGCAGCUCAUGUCUGGCAGACAUUGUGAAAUCAUACAUGACCAGAGAAGGUAGUAUCGUGAACGUCGUUAUUGCGAUAAAAUUGAAUAUGCGACACAGACAGAGCGAGGACAGACGGGAGUCCCGUCACAGGAACGAACUAAGGAUGCGUUUCUUAUUUUGCUAAAACUGUAAUAUGUUAAGUUUCAGUUAAAUUAUCACUUAAAAUUUAAAGCUACCAACUGCUCUAUAAUCUAAUGCGGUGAUCAAUGUAAUCAUUAUGUUAUAACAUCUAUAUCCUAAAGUACAGUGUUUUGAUGCUUGUGAUUUUCAAAAUAAUAAAUUGUACAGUCUA